ACACAGCAACACAUCUCUCAAACUAGCAACAGUUCGAUGGCGAGGUUCUCAAGAAGACAACAGCGCCAACAGUUGCCGCAAAGUUUUCAAUUCCUCUACCCAAGAAGGCUGUUUUCGCCUACAAGAAGAGCCUUUCGUUGGCUCCUAAUAACCCUCGCCUUCAUCGCCAUCGUUCCUCCCGUUUUCUUCCACUUCAGACUCCGCCACUUUCACCAAAUGCAACUGGAGAAGUGUGGUUGGCUGAAUGAUCCUCCUUUUGUGUGUGCUCAUGGUGGUGACUCAACAAACGCAUUCCCAAACACUAUGGCUGCAUAUCGAUCUGCUCUUCAUUCUCAAGUAGACUGCAUUGAAAUUGAUGUUUCUCGUUCAUCAGAUGGAGCUUUGUUUGCUCUUCAUGAUAGGGAUUUGCAGCGGAUAUCUGUUAACAGUACUUCUAAAGUUGGGCACUUGAGCAUGAAAGAGAUAAAAGGAUUGGGUGCCUCACAUCAGGCUGAUCACAAGUCAAAUGAUCGAGAAAUUCUGACUAUUGAAGAUGCUUUGAUGUUUGUAUCAAAUUCAGUAAAGCAGGUAAUUCUGGAUGCAAAGGUUGGCCCACCCUUGUAUGAAAAGGGGCUUGCAGAGGAUAUUCUUUCUGUUGUUGAAAGGACACGGUGUAAGAAUUGCCUUAUUUGGGCCAAAAGCGACAAUUUAGUAAGGGAUAUAAUCAGACUGUCAUCCGAUGUUACGGUGGGCUACAUUGUCAUGGUGGAUCCAAAAACUGGAGUUAGAAGCAACUUAUUGAGGAUUAAAAAAGCUGAAGUGGUCGGUAUCUACCACCCAUUAAUUAAUGAAAAGCUUGUGAGAGUACUUCGCAGGAGGAAUAAAAAGGUGUUUGCUUGGACCGUUGAUGAUGAGGAUUCGAUGAGAAGGAUGUUGAAUGGGCGCAUCGAUGCUAUUGUUACAAGCGAUCCCACUUCACUUCAAGUUCUGAUGCAGGAAAUCAGAACUCAAUGCCUUGAAGACGGUUUUUCUCUGACAAGAUAGCGUUCAAAUGAUUCUCUGACUCUGUCUAUCAUAUUGAUCAGAUAACGUUUAACACCAUAAAUUUUUCCACGUAUAGGCAUAGAUUUUCAUUCUUGUUACAUGUAAUGUCAUUUGACAGAUUAAUAAUCAAAUCGACAAAUGAAUGUUACUAGGAUGAUAUUUUGUAUUACAGAAAUUGAAUUUAAAUAGUAUUAUUAUUAUUCUUUG